CGUCUUUCAUUUCACCCACAGUAGAAACUUCUUUUUUGUCUUAGCGAUUUCCUCUCUAAUGAACAAAAACCCGACUCAGUGGUGACCCGGUGACUCACUACUUUUGAUUCUUUUAUCUCUUUUCAGCGGAGAAUACAAAAAAAGGGUGAAGAAUCCAACCAAAUCCAGCUAAAUCGUACGGAAAUUAGGGUUUUAGGGUGAGUUGAUCGGGCUUGGAAGAUGGCGAGCCCGUUCACGCCGGGUACUGGUAAGGCUUUGUCGAUAACUCCGGGGUCUAGGGUUUCAAAGAGUUCUCUUGGUGAUGAGACGAUCUGGAAGCGGCUCAAGGAAGCUGGAUUCGAUGAGGAAUCUAUCAAGAAGAGAGAUAAAGCUGCCCUUAUUGCUUAUAUUGCAAAGCUUGAAGCAGAGCUCUCUGAUCACCAAUACCAUAUGGGCCUUCUUACAUUGGAAAGAGAGGAAUUGGCUUCCAAGUAUGAAGAAAUUAAAGCCUCUGCUGAAGCAACUGAGCUAAUGCAUAAACGGGAUCAAGCUGCACAUAUAUCCGCUCUGGCAGAAGCAAAAAAGCGUGAGGAUGGUUUGAAGAAAGCUUUAGGAGUUGAGAAAGAAUGCCUAGCAAGUAUCGAGAAGGCUUUGCAUGAGAUGCGUACAGAAUCUGUUGAAACUAAGGUUGCAGCUGAAAGUAGAUUAGCUGAAGCACGUAUUAUGAUAGAGGAUGCUGAGAAAAAGUUUUCAGAGGCCGAGACAAAGUUUCGUGCAGCAAAGUCUUUACAGACAGAAGCUACCUUCAUCCAACGUGAUGCUAAGAGAAAACUCCAAGAAGUUGAAGCACGUGAAGAUGACCUUAGUAGACAAAUUGUAUUGUUCAAAAAAGAUUCUGAUGCAAAAGAGAAAGAGAUCAACCUUGAACGGCAAUCGUUGAGUGAGAGGAAGAAGAUUGUACAGCAAGAACAUGAAAGACUACUUGAUGGACAAGCUUCCCUGAAUCAAAGAGAGGAGCAUAUUUUCAAUAGAAUGGAAGAACUAAAUCGUCUUGAAAAGGAGUUGGAGGCUUCAAAAGCAGAACUUGAAAAGGAACGUAGAGCUUUGAAGGAUGACAAAUCCAACCUUGAGUUGACUUUAGUUUCUCUGUCGAAAAGAGAGGAGGCCGUUAUUGAGCGAGAAGCUUUGCUUAGCAAGAAAGAGCAAGAGCUGCUUGUUUCUCAAGAGAAACUCGCAAACAAGGAAUCUAGUGAAUUUCGGAAGGUCAUUGCUAGUCAUGAAAAUGCAUUGAGAACCAGAAACUCUGAGUUUGAGGCUGAGCUUGAGCUUAAGCGCAGAAUGGUGGAAGAUGAGAUUGAAAUGAAGAGACGGGCCUGGGAGUUAAAGGAGAUGGAUAUAAAUAACAAGGAGGACCAAAUUUGUGAAAGAGAACAUGGUCUUGAUGUUCGAUUGAGGAUAUUAGCAGAGAAAGAGAAGGAUGUGGCUGAGAAGUCAAAUCUCAUAGAUGUCAAAGAAAAUAAUAUGAGUGCUUUUGAAAAGGAACUUGAGUUGAAGAAAGCUGCUUUGGAAAAAGAAAAGGAAGAGAUGAGUAAAAUGAAACUAGAGCUUCAGAAGUCAUUGUUGUCAUUGGAAGAUAAAAGAAAUCAAGUUGAUCAUGAAAAGGAGAAACUAGAAGCCCUGAGAAGUGAGACACAUGAAUUAUCAACUUUAGAAUUAAAACUGAAGGAAGAACUUGAUUUGGUUAGGGCUCAAAAAUUGGAGCUUAUGGCUGAUGUUGAUAGGUUGGAAGUAGAGAGGGCAAAAUUUGAAACUGAGUGGGAGUUGAUUGAUGAAAAAAGAGAAGAGUUGCGGAAGGAAGCAGCGCGUGUUUGCAAGGAUAGAGAAGAAAUUUCGAAGUAUCUCAAGGAUGAGCGUGAUAGAUUGAGAAGUGUGCGUGAUGUGAUGCGAGAACAGCAUAACAAGGAUGUUGAAUCAUUGAAUCGUGAGAGAGAGGACUUCAUGAAAAAGAUGGUGACUGAGCAUUCUGAUCGGUUCAACAAGAUUCAACAAGAGCGUGCUGAUUUCUUGUUAGGGAUUGAAACCCAAAAGAGGGAGCUGGAGAAUUGUAUUGAGAAAAGGCGUGAAGAAUUGGAAAGUUCUUUGAAGGAAAGAGAGGAAGCUUUUGAGCGAGAAAAGAAAAAUCAACUUGAUCAUAUUAAUGCUCUAAAGGAAAUAGCAGAGAAAGAGUUGGAACAAGCUACUCUAGAAAUGAAAAGGCUUGAUGCUGAGAGGACGGAAAUCAAGUUGGAUCGUGAGCGAAGGGAACACGAAUGGGCUGAGUUGAACAAGUCUAUCGAGGAGCUUAAGGUGCAAAGACACAAAUUGAAGCAACAGAGGGAAUUAUUGCAUGCUGAUAGAAAAGAGAUACAUUUUGAUAUUGAAGAGCUAAAAAAGUUAGGGGACUUGAAAGCUGCUUUGGAUAAUAUGACGGUGGCUCAAAUGCAGCGCUCUAUUGUAGAGCUUAGCCAGCUGAAAGCAUCUGAAAGAAAUAAUCUGAAGCAGCAAGCUGUCCUGCAAAAUGUGGAAUCUGGUUCAGAUAAAAAUAAGAUUUUUGCUGUGGAUGGCAAUGGAUUCAACUCUCCGAUGGCAAAACCAGAUAGCAGUCCCUCUGGCUCUGCCCGUUUCUCUUGGAUCAAGCGCUGCAGUGAAUUGAUAUUCAAACAUACCCCUGACAAGGCCCAAAUGAAGCCUGAAGAAAGACCAUUGGAAUUGGAUGGAGAACCAAAGAUACUGGAAGUGCCCUCUGAAGGUGAGGUUUUUGAAAGAACUCAAGCUGGAAGGAAAAGGAGAGUUGACAACAUGCCUUCAAAUGGCACCAAGAAGAGUAGGCAAAAGGAUGCUUCUGUACUUGAAGUAGAGGAUAACACUCACCGUGUACAUUCAAUUGAACCAAAUGUAGUGCUGGAUCAGCCUGAAUUAAUGUCAUACAAUCAAAGUAAAGGAGGGGCUGAUGAAACCAAUGAGUUGAUUGUUGAUAGAGUAAUUAAUAUUUCUGAAGCAAUCCCUGUAAAAGAGACUGUAGAUGAUUUUUCCAAUGUAGAAAAUAUAGACCAGUUGCAGGAUACGGGAGAGAAGGAUAAAUCUGGGGAACCAUUAGUGGUACCUAUGGGGAAUGUUUCUCAACUUAAUAUCCAUUGUCAGCGAACGGAAGACAAGUCGGGAAAAGGCAAACAAAAGCUUGAAGACAAUGUUACCGUCCAACCAGAUGACAAAGUGAGAACCAGAUCGAGGGCAGGGUUGAAGCAAGUGUUGUAGAGAUAUAGUUUCUUUCUAGCUGAUAAAGUUGAUUGAUGUUUCAACUAUUUUUCACAAAGAAUAGCUGAGAACACUAAUAUAUACUUGAGAAGGGAUAAGUUUGCGUUGCAGAAACUAAAAUAAGCAAACCGUUUUAACUAACUCGGAUCUUGUUUAAAAGAAUGAACUUGUCAAUGAUUGUCCAUCCUCUUCUUUCUUCAGGUAUGGCUUUUUAGUAUAUGGUUUUCUGAUAUUUUCUUGGUUCAUAGGGCGAUGGUGUGAUGGGUUUUGGUUGAGAGAGUCUUGUGUUGGUUUGGUGGCCGAAAUGAUGGCAAAAUCUUAGUGGUUUAUCGACGUAGUUUGGUAUAUGGUGUUGGAAAUCGUUGGGGAUGGAUUGAUGCUUUAGUCCCUAAGAUCUCUAAAUGUGUUUAUAUAUGAAUAGAAAAUGAGGGAAUGCGGUUUUAUUCAUAUCCCUGAACUUUGAAAUGUUAUUAUUAUAUAUUAUAGAGUUGAUCAUGGUUUCUUGUU